GCUCUGAGGUACCUCGGUAAUAAAGUGCGGAGACAGCGCAUGUGGGGAGGCCCCAAGAAGACCAAGAUGGAGGAGGCCAGAGAGCUUUUGGCGUCUCUUAUCCUCACACACGUGCCUGUCAAAGAGUUUAACUUUCGGGCAAAGUGUAUUUACCUGGCUGUGAUGGUUCGGAGGGUGAUCCUGGCUCAAGGGGACAACAAGGUGGACGACAGAGAUUACUAUGGCAACAAACGUCUUGAGUUGGCCGGGCAGCUCUUGUCUCUACUGUUUGAAGAUCUGUUUAAGAAGUUCAACUCUGAACUGAAGAAAAUCGCAGACCAGAUCAUCCCCAAGCAGAGAGCUGCACAGUUCGAUGUGGUGAAGCACAUGCGGCAGGAUCAGAUCACCAACGGCAUGGUCAACGCCAUAUCCACGGGAAACUGGUCUCUGAAGAGAUUUAAGAUGGACCGUCAGGGUGUCACCCAGGUCCUGUCUCGUCUCUCCUUCAUUUCAGCUCUUGGGAUGAUGACCAGGAUCUCCUCCCAGUUUGAGAAGACCAGGAAGGUCAGCGGGCCGCGCUCCCUGCAGCCGUCACAGUGGGGCAUGCUGUGUCCGUCUGACACCCCUGAGGGAGAG